AUGUGGGCGUCUUGGGGCAAUGACCGCUGGACGUAUACCGACGUGCUUCCCUACUUUCGCAAGAUGGAAACCGAUGGGGAUAUUCAUGACGACUUUCAUGGCACCGAUGGCCCAGUCCCAGCGGUGCGUCGGCACAACGAAACCUGGCCGCCGAUUCCACGCGGGCUAGUAUAUACGAAUCGUGGUCCGCGGCCGUGCCUGGAUAUCCGAUGCCGGACCCUGAACGGCCCGGAGCCGGGCGGCGUCGGCCCCAUUCCGAUGAACAAUCCGGGUGGUGUGCGGAUGUCCACCGCCCUGACCCAUCUGAGUCCUGGUCGACAUCGCUUGAACCUCACGGUGCGCGGGGGCGUCGUGGUGCGGCGCAUCCGGUUUGACGGUCAACGUGCCUGCGGGGUGGAAGCCGAAAGUGGUGGGCAGGUGUUCAACAUCGAUGCCGACCGCGUCGUGCUCAGCUCGGGCGGCAUCAAAUCCCCACACCUGCUGAUGCUAUCUGGGAUUGGGCCGGCCGAGUCGUUGCACCGGUACGGUAUUGAUGUUCUCGUCGACCAGCCGGCGGUGGGCCAAAACCUGUGGAAUCACCCCAUUGCCAGCGUCGGCCUGCGCGCCCGCGAUGGCGUGCGCUGUCGCCCGACGCUCAGGGCGCGCGAAUCGCCCUGCGUUACACCGCCACCGGUUCGAACACGCCCAACGACGUAA